CUUACAGCCGCCAUUGAUGACGGCGUUGGGUCAGAUCCCCCACCAGGGAUGGAGGGCUUGGUGGUGACACAACCAGCAGCAUCAGAGCCACUGACAGGGGUUGAGCUAAGUCCUACACAGCCAAAGGAUCAACUCCUCAAGUGCCAUUGCUCAGACUGUGAAAAUGAAAUAUGUGAGACUGAUGGCUACUGCUACGCGACCAUCAUUAUAGACAGUUCGGGAGAGAAGAGCAUAUACAAGAACUGCUUUUGGAAGGCACAGUUACAACCGAAGUCAAGACCCUUAUUAUGUAUGAACACACUCAACCACGACAAAUUUGUUAAUUGUUGCGGAGAUGCAGACUUCUGCAACCGAGAGGUUACCCUUCCUCCCGAAUACAAACCCCCAGACCGAACAUCAAGUUGGCAGACAUGGAAUCCAGCAUUAGCAAGUGCCGUGGCAUUGUGCGUCUUACUGACAGCCGUCCUGGUGGCUUUUUUAUGCUAUUGGCAUCACCGCAAGGAACGCACAGAAAGAAUCAGACAUGGAUUCCCAGAUGUAGAGUCAAUUUUAGAUCGAUCGGAAGUUCCACUCAUGGGCUCACAUACACCUAUUCGAGAAUUCAUGGAUUUGACCUCAAGUGGGUCAGGCUCUGGUUUGCCUUUGUUAGUGCAGCGAAGUAUUGCACGACAGAUACAGUUAAUUGAUAUCAUUGGCAAGGGUCGCUUUGGAGAAGUGUGGCGUGGAAGAUGGCGAGGAGAAUAUGUAGCUGUCAAAAUAUUUUCUUCAAGGGAUGAGCGUUCUUGGUUCCGGGAAGUUGAGAUCUACCAAACAGUGAUGCUGCGUCAUGACAACAUCCUUGGCUUCAUUGCAGCAGAUAAUAAAGAUAAUGGAACAUGGACACAGCUUUGGCUUGUGACAGACUAUCAUGAAAAGGGUUCGCUGUUCGACUACUUGAUGCGGUACACAGUUGAGACAUCUGGAAUGAUUCGAAUGGCUUUAUCUAUUGCAACAGGCUUGGCACAUCUCCACAUGGAUAUCAUGGGAAAUAAAGGAAAGCCAGCCAUUGCUCACAGAGAUUUAAAGAGUAAAAAUAUUUUGGUCAAGUCCAAUGGAAACUGUGCCAUUGCUGAUCUUGGCUUAGCAGUCAGAUAUGACUCAGCCACAGACAGUGUGGACAUUGUCCCCAACAACAGGGUGGGAACAAAACGAUAUCUUGCUCCAGAGUGUCUGGAUGAGUCAAUGAACAUGAAUCAUUUUGAUUCCUUCAAACGUGCAGAUGUUUAUGCACUUGGUCUUGUGUAUUGGGAGAUUGCUAGGAGAUGUAACACAGGUGGUGGAUGUGAAGAAUACCAGUUACCAUAUUAUGACAUGGUUCCUAAUGAUCCAACCAUUGAUGAGAUGCGAAAAGUGGUUUGUAUAUACAAACAACGACCAGUCAUACCAAAUAAGUGGCAGUCCUGUGAGGACCUGCGAGUGAUGAGCAAGCUUAUGAAAGAAUGCUGGUAUCACAAUGCAGCAGCACGACUGACCGCAUUGCGCAUCAAGAAGACUCUUGCCAACUUGGGUGCUCAUGAUGACCUCAAGUGCUAAGAUACAAUGCCACAGAGGAGGAGAUUAUUAGACCUUGUGAUUAACUGUGUUCAAUUCCUUAAAGAUAGACAUCCAUCGGAUGCUACGCCCAGUAGAAUACUGUGAGAAGAGACACGGUGUAUAUGUGCAUGUCUGUAUGAGAGUUGCGUGUUACGCAAAAGAAGCAUAUAUGAAUGAGUAAAAAAUGCACAUUUUUCUCCAUACUUAGGUAGUAGCUCAUAGGCUCAGCAACUGUGCACUCUGUUAUAACGAGGUAUGUAGAACACCAAAAAAAACGUACUUUGAAGUAAUUUAUGUUGCUCAUAUAUUAACGUCAAGUUUAUUCAAUCUGGCAGUUAUUUAAAGGGUUGAUAUUUUUAAUUGUCAUCUUUGUACCUGUAGAAAGUGCAAGUAAAAGUUUUUUAUGUAGUUUUUACAUGGCCAUGAACACACACACACCAUUUCUGCUCUUCUCUACAAUGCUGUAUCUUUGUAUGCAUAUUCAUAUCAUUCUGUACUAGACUCCCUCUUAACUGCAUAUAUCUAUACACAUAUGUGCAUAAA